CUCUCCCACGAAAGAGAAGAGAAGAAGAUAGUUUUGUUUUCGUGUAUAUAAAAUCCGAUAGGUAAUUUCACUCAGACCCCUCUCUCUCUCUACAAUCAGCCGUGAUUUUGUUUAUAGGAGGAUCUGAUGUACUCGCUCGUGGAUCUCAACUAUAUUCACGAUCAUGAUGGCCCUUGAAAAUUCAGAAAAUAUGCAAAUAAACUGUGAGGCAUCUUUAAAAUGCCUCCAGGGCAAGGGUUUCCCUUGCAAUUUUCAGUGUAAUGGGAGUUCUACAGAAGGCUUCGCAGAGCUUAAAAGUGAGCCUGGUACUCAUUCAGCUGGGGAUGUUACUGAACCUAACUGCCAUUUAGGCAGUGAGUUUCUUGAGCCUCCCAAUGAAUUUCACAGCAAGCCUACUUAUCACCAAAAUUACCGCACCUGGGCACCCUGCCAUUUUAACUCUCACAAGGUGCAGCAAUGCCAAAUGAAUGCUUUUGAGAGCCAUUUUUAUCCUUAUCCUGUUGAGAACCAGCUUCAGUAUCUCCCAAUUAAUAUGGUUGCUCAGGGUUACCCUCGCGAGCAAUAUCAAGAAUUUCAGCAUUUUGUGGUGAUAGACUUUGAGGCUACCUGUGACAAGGAUAAAGUUCCCUACCCCCAAGAAAUAAUUGAGUUUCCAUCUGUUAUAGUGAGUAGCAUCACUGGUCAGCUGGAAGCAUGUUUUCAAACAUACGUGAGGCCCACCUGCAAUCAGCUUCUGAGUGAUUUCUGCAAGGAUCUGACUGGUAUCCAGCAAAUUCAGGUGGACAGAGGUGUUACGUUGAGUGAGGCUCUACUUAGGCAUGACAAAUGGCUCGAGAAGAAGGGGAUAAAGAAUUCCAACUUUGCUGUUGUUACAUGGUCUAACUGGGAUUGUCGGGUGAUGCUUGAAUCUGAGUGCCGAUUCAAGAAAAUACGGAAGCCUCCUUAUUUUGACCGCUGGAUCAACUUGAGGGUUCCUUUCCGUGAGGUAUUUGGUGCUAUGAGGUGCAAUCUAAAGGAAGCUGUUGAGAUAGCUGGCUUGGUCUGGCAGGGUCGCGCACAUUGUGGCCUUGAUGAUGCGAAAAAUACUGCUCGGCUGUUGGCGCUGCUCAUGCACCGAGGUUUUAAAUUUUCCAUUACCAGUACCAUGUGGCAGGGAGUUGAUCGACCUCUGAUGUGGAAGCAGUCUCCUGAACAGCCAAUCGUUUUCCCUCAUUGCCCAUACAAAGCAAAGGAUAUGAGUACCCCUAUGGUUCAGUAUCACCCUUUCUGUUACUGUGGGGUGAAAAGUAGCAGGGGCAUGGUGAGGAAGCCAGGUCCCAAGCAAGGAAGCCUUUUCUUUGGAUGUGGAAACUGGACUGCAACUAGAGGUGCUCGCUGCCAUUACUUUGAAUGGGCUUCUAACUGAAUGCACCUUUUGAUCUACUGUGAUAAAAAAGAUCAAAUCCUAAGUUUUCUUAUAUGUUUAUGUAAAAAAAAAAUGAAUGAAAAAAGAGAGAAAGGAAGUGGUUUAUGAAUGUAGUGGUGUUGUCUCGUCUCUAGUGGAAGCAUGUAUUCCUGCCCUGGUGAGGUGAGGUUUCUGCUUCUUCUUCUUCUUCAUGAAGUGUAGAGAAAAUUAGUUGCCUCAAUUGCUAUUGCUAAAUAUGAAAAGUAGUCUUUGUGUUGACUAAGAGAGAGGGAGCUUCAACCUGUAAAGUUGACUUGUUGACUGGAGAACCAUUGGGGAAUGUGAGAAAAUGGGUAGUUAGGAUUGAUGCUUUAACAUGCCAAGGCAUGCUAAGUUAUCUUUUUAAAUAAUCCGUGAAAUAGGACUUGUUGUUUCCUUGCUCUAAAUGGGAAUCGCUAUAGUUUCCUCUUGCUGCA